AUGGAGUCUUUAGAUGAUUUGAUUUCUGCUGGAGAAAGACUAGGCUAUAAACACGAUAGUUUACGCAAAUAUGUGAGCGAUCAACAAGCAUUGCAGCGUGAAGAAAGAGCGGCAGUUCGUCAAAAGGAGAAAGAUGAACGUGAGUAUCAACUACAAUUGGAGCGUAUGUACAAUGACCUUAAGCUGAAACAGAUGGCUGAUGAACAUGAGAUGGAAAUGGCAACGAAGGGCAACAUAUCAGUGAAUGAGGUGAGUAGUAACUCAGUCAAACCAAGUACCCCUAAAAUUCCAUCAUUUGAAGAGAACAGAGAUGAGAUGGAUAGUUAUCUGCGAAGAUUUGAAAGGUAUGCAACAGCUAUGAAAUGGGAAAAAUCUCUUUGGUCAACUCAUUUGAGUGCUUUACUUAAAGGUCGUGCUUUAGAAGUUUAUGCUUUAAUGUCAAAGUCAAAAGCAGAUAAUUAUGAUGAGCUCAAAGCAGCGUUACUCCGGAGAUAUGACAUGACGAAAGAAGGUUUCAAAAGAAAGUUUCGUUCUUGUCGUCCCGAAAAUAGUGAAACAUUUUCUCAGUUUACUGUCAGAUUAGGUUCUUACCUCACUCGUUGGAUAGAAAUGUCUAAGAUCUCUACGACUUUUGAUGAUCUCUUUGAUCUUAUACUUCGUGACCAGUUCUUACAUGUGUGCAAUUAUGAUUUGUUGGUGUUUCUUAAACAGAACGUCCCAAAGACGGCAGAUGAAUUAUGCAUUCUAGCAGACCAAUUUCGAGAGGCGAGAAACACAAGUGCUUCAAAUCUAUGUUCAAAGGUUAUUAAGAAACCUACGGAAGUACAAGUAAGUAAGACGCAAGUUAAACCUAAAGAUCUACAGCAACGACCCCAAAACCAGAAGUCUUCGUUCGUUCCAGUGACAGAGAGAAAAUGUUACAUUUGUGGUAAGCAGGGCCAUAUAGCUCCACAGUGUCACAAAUCCAAAGGUAAGAUUUCAGGCGCGCUAGUGCAUAAAGAUGAGCGCAGAGACGUUGACAAAACACCAGAGAAUUGUUCUGCAUUUGUUUGUAGUGAGAACUCGGUUCUCUACUCUCAGGUAUGUGACAAAUCAACCAUUUUAACUUCGGCAUGUCACAGCACUAGGAAACCUAUGCCACUAUCUGCUGGAUAUGUGGAUGGUCAACCAGUCACACUUCUUCGAGAUUCUGGUUGUCAAAAUAUUGUGGUAAGGAGAAGCUUGGUGAAAGAUGAAAGUUUAACAGGUAAAAGUGAAACUUGUAUUUUAGCAGAUAAUACCAAGAGAGUUGUGCCACUUGCAAAGGUAUGUAUAGAUUCUCCAUAUGUGAAAGGUGAAUUUGAGGUUUGGUGUAUGGAAAACCCUGUUUUUGAUUUAAUCAUUGGAGAGGUACAUGACGCAAGGAAACCUCAUGAUCCCGACCCAGAGUGGAGACCAAAGACUGUCUUAGCAGUGGAGACUCGACAGCAAGCAAAAGAAAAGACCAAACCUUACCCAGCUCUCAGAGUUCCAGAUAUAGUCAAGGACGAUAUCAAACCUGAGGAUAUACAGCGUGAACAACAAGAGGAUCCAUCCCUUGAAACAUCACUUCGGAAUGCGAAAGAAGGUCGAAUAUCGCGCAAUGGGAAGGUAAGAUGGUUAGAGAAGAGAGGACUUUUGUACAGGGAGUAUCAAGCAUCGGAAAAAGAAGGAGGUAAGACUUUUUCACAGCUCAUAGUACCUUCUAAAUUUCGAACGAUUGUUAUGAAGCUAGCACACGAUUCAGUUAUGUCAGGUCAUCUAGCAACAGGUAGGACUAUAUCCAGAAUUUUGUCAGAAUUCUUUUGGCCUGGUAUGCAAUCUGAAAUUAAGCGGUUCUGUCAAUCAUGUGAUACGUGCCAGAGAACUGUUUCAAAAGGAAAGGUGAGCAAAGUCCCGCUGGACAGAAUGCCUCUGAUAGAUGUACCAUUUAAGAGAGUGGCAGUAGAUAUAAUCGGUCCAUUACAUCCGGCAACAGAUAAAGGUAACCGAUUUAUAUUAACCUUAGUAGAUUACGCAACGAGAUAUCCAGAGGCUAUAGCGCUCCCAGGUAUAGAUACUGAAAGGGUUGCAGAGGCUUUGUUAGAAAUGUUUUCUCGCAUUGGGGUACCAGAGGAGGUUCUUACAGACAUGGGUACACAAUUUACAUAUGGACUUAUGAUGGAG